AUGAUUUACCUCGCUGGGAGAAAUAACAUAAUUAGCAUAAGGGAAGAAGACAUAAAUGAUGAAAAUUACGUGACCAUAAAAAAUACUUUGAAAGAUGAAAAUGUCAGUGUUAACAGCUGGGUAGAAGUGUGCCUAGCAUAUUAUAAGAAAAGUUAUUAUAAGCUUUUUUUAGACUUGAUAAAGGAGGGAGAGAAUUUUCACCAAAACGAUGAUAAUGGUGAGAAGAUUGACAAGGAUGAGAAGCGUGACAAGGGUGAGAGGUCCAAUUUUAACACGCUUCUACUACUGCACAACUUGGAACAAAUAAUAAAUGUGAAAAAUGUAAAUAAGGAAGAUGAAUUAAAAAUAAAAUUGGAAAAUUUAAUGAAUCAAAUUGAAAAAAAAAAAGCUGAUGUUAUCAUGCAGAAGAUUGGAUAUAACAUAAAUGAUGAAGAGGUGUCACCAUCAUGUGUUCAUUAUGAUUAUUUAUCACCCUAUUUAAUUAAGGGGAUAUACAACGUGAAUAUAUAUUUGUGCAUAGUAAACAAAUGUGACAAUAAAAAUGGAACUAAUCAUUUCUUAAGACCUAUGUUGAGACAGAGUGAUACUGCUCCAUCUGCUACUUCUUUUGCUACUGCUUCUGCUACUGCUUUUGCUACUGCUUCUGCUACUGCUUCUGCUACUGCUUCUGCUUCUGCUACUGCUUUUGCUGAUCAUGAUAAUGAUAGUAAGAACGGAGCAAAAAAUGAUUUUAGAAAUACAGGGAAAGGCAAGACAAAAAAUGAAUACUUGAAUCCAUUAAAUUAUUUAAUGGAUAGUAUAUAUAUAUUUAUCGAUUUAAUAAAGAAAAAUAGGUACGAUUUUGUCUCUUCCAUUUAUUUAUCAUUCUCCCUAUGUUUAAUUUAUAAGUUCGAUCUAUGCAUUCAGUUUUCAUCAUGCGUUUUGAUACGCAUGAUACAUUUGGAAAAUUUUUUAAAAUCAUUAGCUUCAACAUAUAGCAAUGAUUUGGAGCGUAUGAAGAGUCAGGUGAAUACACCCUUGAAUAAUGACAAUAAAGCACCAACAAUGUGGUUAUCAAAAUUUAUGAAUAGAGAGAAAAAUGAAAAAAGUGCAGAUGCAGAAAAAAGGGAAACGAGCAAUAAUAAAUAUAAUACCAAUGUAAGGGAAGAAAAACACACGAAAGAGAAAUUCCUCCAUAAAUGUAUUAAACUGAGAAAUUUUAUGGAAACAUUGAGAAAAUUCAAAUCUAUAAUAAAAUACAUAAUUGGAAUUUGUUAUGUGAAAAAAAAGGAAUGGAACAUGGCAUCUUUCUGUUUUACUUCAUCUAUCAAACUUGACAAUUAUCCGAUAGCUUACUUAACUAAUGGGUGGUUAUUACUCAUGAAUUAUAUGAACAAAAUUGCAAUGUACAAUGAUUUUGUGAGAGAUGUACCACAAUAUGAUUUUUUUGAAUUUGAUUCCAUAGGAGAAGACCCAACUGAGGAUUGUGAUUCUAAGAAUUUUGAUAAACCCCAAAUGGAAAUCAUAAAUCAAAAUUAUGCUAGUCAAAGUGGAACGCAAGGUCAAAUCAACACUAAUGAUAACAUUUUUUUAACGAUGCAGAAUUGCAUCAAAAGUACUCAGCAUGGAAGACCUGAAAAUGAUCAGCAUGGAAGACCUGAAAAUGAUCAGCUUGGAAGACGUGAAAAUGAUCAGCUUGGAAGACGUGAAAAUGAUCAGCUUGGAAGACCUGAAAAUGAUCAGCAUGGAAGACGUGAAAAUGAUCAGCUUGGAAGACCUGAAAAUGAUCAUCUUGGAAGACGUGAAAAUUGUGUUGUCGUGGGCAGGGGAGACAUAGGUCGAGGUGUGCCAGCAGAACCUAGGUGCACUUCAUUUUUUAAGAAGCAUAAGAUAGAUCUCAUAGAUGAUAAUUCCAGGAUGGAAAAGAGGAUAAACUUUAGCAAAGUUGAUAUUAAAGAGAUAAUAAACAUGACGCUAAUUUAUUAUUAUGAUUAUUUGGAAAAUGGAAUAGUAAGAUACUCGUCUAAAGGUAUUGAUGAAAUACUGAAUAAAGAUGAUGAAUCAUAUUAUAUUGAUAAAAAUGAUAUUUAUGAAUAUGAGGAAUCUAUAGAAAUGAACAAAUACGAGAAUUCAUCACAUGUAAGAUCAGAACAUAGUGAUUUACACUUGUGUGAUAAGAUGAUGUACAUAUAUCUGGAUUUGUGUGAAAUCUGGUUAAUGCAUGGAAAUAGUAAAUCAAUAAAACUUUUAAAAAUGUUAAAGGAAAAAAUUCAUUUUAAUUAUAUUAAUAAAAAAUGUCUAAGUAAAUAUUAUUUUUUAAUAGGAAUGUAUUAUCACCAUAUUAUAAAAAAUAUCAGAAAGGCUUUAAAAUAUUAUCAUAAAAGUUUACAAAUUUAUGAAGACAAUAUAAACAAAUAUUAUCACACCAUAUGUUUGAUAUAUUUAAAGAAAUACAACAAAGCCAAAAAAAAUGUGUUAUAUUUUUAUCAAAAGUGCAAAAAUGCUUACUUUGUUAAAUUGUAUAUAUAUUUUUUCAUACACACGGGAAAUUUAUUUCUAAAUUUUAAUCUGUUGAUUCCAAAUACAAAUUCAAAUACAAUUCAUCAUUUGGAAUCAACAUUCGAUGGAGAUCGAAAACAAAAUUGGAGGAAUCACCACAUCUCAGAAGGAAAUAACGAAAAGAAAAGGGAAGAAAAAAAGUAUCAAGAUAAUGACAAGUCAACACAUGUUACUAUUAGGAGCAAAUUUUCCAAAAGUAAUCAAAAUGAUGGUAACAUGAAAACUGUAUUUAAAAUGUUACAACAUGUAAGUGACAUUUUGGAGUCACAUGAAUAUAUGUUUUCAAAAGAUCUAGAUGUAAAAUUAAUGAAAGUAAAAAUGCAUGAACUAUUUUUAACCAAAUAUAAUCCAGAUGGGAUGGAAGCAUAUCAUAAGGAGAUGGAAAAAAUAAAUGAAAUCAAAUCAUUUUUUCAGAAAAAAAACAAGCAUUACAAAAUAUCAUACGAGAUUAUCAACAAUUAUAUCAUUUCUCUCUUCUUUUGUAAUAAGAAAGAACAAUCUGCUAAUUUAAUGGAACUGUUAAAAAAAGAAAUAUUCAUAAAGAUCAAACGAUUUUUAACUUACUACAACUAUGCAUUUCAUAAGAGGGAGGAUCUCAUCGCGACACGAUUAUCAUUAAACAAAAUCAAAAGUAGGUACGUCACAACUGACACAAAUCAGACAAACAAAAGAAAUGUUACACGUAAGCGUAAUGCACCCUCAGUGAAUCAUGUUACUAAGAAAAAGUCUAAGGCGGUUGGAGAAUCAGAAGAACAGAACCCUUAUGAGGCAUUUCCCGCAAAUGCACCUUCCAGUGCAUCAUUUUCUGACAAAAGUGAAUCGAAAAGAGAUCUGAAUCGAAUCACUAUUUUGAGUAACAGGGAAAAACUUCAACACUUGGAUGCCAUGUUACGACAACACAGAAUUCGAGAAAUGAAAUUCCUUAUAGGCAAGUGGAAAAAAAAAAAAAAAAAAAAAAACUUGAAAGAAAUAUAUAUAAAGCGAAGUAAUAGAGAGAGAUAUAGAAAAAUAAUAAAUUACUUGAAGAGGAUAUACUUGUCUGUAUCUUUCAACAGUGCAUUGUUAUCCGAAUACAUAGGAUAUAAACAAACAUCUAUGCACAUGUACAAAUUAUACACCGAAAUGUAUAGUACUUAUGAAAGCCCUUUUGUGAGAUUGGCAAAUAUAUACAUCCAAAUGCAAAACCAUGCGAAAGCAAAAGAAGUGAUAGACAAAGGGUUGAUAAAAAAUCCUAAUUCUGUUAAUCUAUUUUUACUAAAGUCAUACAUACAUGUUAUGAGAAAACAUUAUGAUUAUAGUAUAUACGCUUUAGAAAAAUUUAAAAAAAAUGAAAAUUACAAAAAUGAUGUAUUAAUUAAUACUUACUUGGCAAUAAUAAAAUUUUAUAAAUUAAAAAAUUGUAAAAAUAAAGAAGAAAAAAAAAUUCUAAUAAAUGAAACAUAUAACCAGAUAAAUAGUCUAAUAAAUAUAAAAAAUAAUUUCUUUGCAGCAAGCUUAAUAUCCAUUUUGUUGAGUAUAAAUCAAAAGUAUGAACUAUCAAGUGAAUCUUUUCAAUUAAUAAUCAAUACGAAUGAUAAGUUGUCUUUUUACCAUCAAUCAGGAUUAAGAAAUAUAAUUCUUCACUUGUUUAAUCAUUUGAUGAGAAAUAACGAUCUGAUAAAAAAUAAAUUAUUUCUAAAUAAACUCAAUUUAUUUUUCAAUUUAAGUAUAAAAAAUGGAAUAAAUGAUAAACAUUUUUUCCUGUGCUAUUCAAAUUUUUUACACAUAAUGGAAAAGUACGAUGAUGCUAUUAACAUGUUAUACAUCUCUUAUGUUAAGUGGCCACACGACUUAUCCAUAUUGAAUACAUUUAUUAUCUGUAUCGAUUCAUUUGUUUCCAAAUACUUGAGUUAUGAUUAUGUCGAAUUAAAAAACAUUUUUCUCAUGAAGGACCUCAUAACUUUUUCCUUCUCUGCCAUACUGACGCUGUUGCGACUUAAGCAUUUUUCCACCUCUUCCCAGCUCCUUGCUUCAGAUGAAGAGUAUAACUAUUACAAGGAGGACGAUUACAUUGUUGAAAUAAAAAAAAAAGACCUGGAGAAUCUGGCAAGUAGGAAAUACCUAAUAAAUACGUACAAAAAGUUUGAAGAAAAAAUCAAGCCCUAUAUUGAAAGCAGCUUACCAACAAUGCUCAAGCAGAAAAAAAUGCAGAAUGUGAAAAAACUAAAUAUACAAAAAAAAAUAUAUGAAGAUAAAAAAAGGAAAAAAAUGGAGUUAGAAAUGAAAAAACUGAAAAGUCAAGAAAGUAUACAUGAUGAAUUGCUAAGAGAUGUUAACGAACUUAACUAUCACAUAUCAGAACAGGUCAUAAAUACAUCACAACAUUUGGUAGACGUGAAUCCAGGUUUGGAACACGACGGGGGAAAAGAAGAAGAAGAAGAGGAGAAGUGGGAAAAAGGAGGGGAGAAAGAAAAAGAAGAUUUUAAUUUUAAUUUUAAUGAAGGAAGUGAUAGCCCAAACAAGCCUACUGAUGAUAACGAAGAGGGUGGAGGAAAUAAUUCAAUCGACGACAUGGAGAAUUUUGAGUCUUCAUCCGAUAGUUCAGAUCUCUUUGAGGAGAAAAAACCGAAGAAGAGGAAAAAAUUAAUAGAGUGA